AAAACAAAUGUGGCAAUCAUUAUCGAACAUGCUUGCCACCCCAUCAGUAUUUGACACUUUAUACCCUUAACCCAAACCCCAACUACUCCAGAAAAAACCUCUCAAUUAUAAAUAUCAUCACCUUCGCUUCAAAACCCAUCUUCAACAACACAAAAAUAGAAAAAAGGCUCAUAACUUCUUCUUCUUCUUCAAAUGCAUACCACCAUCACCACCUUCUUUGUCUUCCUCGUCCUUAUCUCCGCCACAGAUGCAUUCACAAAGCAAAACCAGUACCUUAACCUGGCCAACCAGUUCCUGGCACCACAAAAUGCUGCUCGGUCCACACUCAGAAUGAAGCCGCUGGUGUGGGAUCCGAGGUUGGCUCGGUAUGCGCAGGGGUAUGCGAACCAGAGGAGGAAUGACUGCGCUUUGAAGCAUUCCAAAGGACCUUACGGUGAGAACAUCUUCUGGGGUAGCGGCGACGAGUGGACCCCAGCUCAGGCCGUGACUGCAUGGGUUUCGGAGAGGAAAUGGUACAAUUACUGGUCCAAUUCUUGUGCUGGGAAUGAACAAUGUGGCCAUUAUACUCAGAUUGUCUGGAGAUCUACUAGUAGAGUUGGGUGCGCCAGGGUCACUUGUUCUAGGGGCAAGGGUGUGUUUAUCACUUGCAAUUAUGAUCCUCCCGGGAAUUAUAUUGGAGAAAGACCAUAUUGAAUUUGGCUUUUUUUUUUUAUUUUUAUUUUUAUUUUUUGCUGGAAUUUAUAUUUAGAAAAUUGGGUAUGAGAUAUUAUAAAUAUUUUUUUUUUUUUUUGGAUAGAAACUCUGUCGAGUGGGUUUUUUUAUUGAUUUUAUCCAUAUAUAAUGUGUUAAUAUGGAAUUAUGAGUGUGUGUGUAUAUAUAUAUAUAUAGAAGACAAUUUUCCAUUUUUAAUUUGAAGGGUUUAUUUUCCUUUAAAUGGAAGAUGGAUUACGGGUGCAAAAAAAAUUGUUUUUGUCAAGUGUAAAAUUUUAAGAUAUCUUAUUCAGUAAUUUGGAAAAAAAAGUUUGAAAAAUUUUUGAAAGACCAAAAUUUGAUUUC